UAUAUUUUCUGAUAUAUCAUGUACAAGUGUCUGGAGGUUCAGGUUCCCACUGAGCCACUAAAACUAGUUGAGAAACCCAUCCCAGUUCCACCCUCCAAGGGUCUGGUGAUAAAAACUGAGUCCUGUGGAAUGUGCCAUACAGACAUUGCUAUAGCAGACAACUACAUGAAGCUUGCUGAUGGUUUUGAAGACAAUACGCUAACUCAAUAUGACCCAGAUUUCAAAUACCCUGUAGUAAUGGGACAUGAGGUUGCAGGAACAGUUUACAGUAUCGGUGAUGGAGACUGCCUAGGAAGUGAGGAACUGGAAGUUGGUGACCGUGUUGCAGUGUAUACAUUCCAAGGUUGUCAGAACUGUAAGCUAUGCAACACAGGAAACCACUUGAUGUGUGACAGGAGACAGUGUAAUGAUCUAGGCCAGGGUGGUGAUGGAGGAUAUGCAGAAUAUGUUAGUAUUCCAAACAGGAAGUUUGUUUUCAAGCUACCAGAUUCUAUCACCAUGGAUACAGCAUGUUUAUUUUCGUGCAGUGCAUUAACAGCCUACAAUGCCGUCACCAAGACUAAGCCUGCAAUUGAGAAUGCACUCAACAUAUUUGGUUCUGCUACGCUGUUGAUUAUAGGAGCAGGAGGUUUAGGUCAAUGGGCAAUUCAGAUUGCUAGAGCUGUGCUUCCCACGGAGACCAAAAUAUUAGUAGCAGAUAUUUCAGCUGAUAGGCUGGCAGCUGUACAAGAGAGUGUGGAUAUGACAGUGGAAUGGUCUACAGAUGAUGACAUGUCCUUCAUGACUAAGGUGAAAGAAGUGACAGGUAGUGAAUUUGUAGAGGCCUCCAUAGACUUUGUUGGGAAUCCUGUUAGCAUGAAACGUGCAAUGUGGCUUGGAAAUAAGGGUUCCACGCAUUGUAUAGUUGGAUUACUCGGCGGUGCUACUACCUUCCCAGUGCCAUUUAUCCCAUGUAAGGUGAUGGAUAUCCAUGGGAUAUAUCUCGGAUCCACCCAGCAAAUGCAGGAAGUCAUAAAACUUGCAGCAACGGGCAAGAUAGUGGCUCCACCUAUGGAAUACUGCAGACUUGAGGAAGUGAACGAUGUUUUGAACCGACUCAGAAAAGGAAAAAUUAACGGACGUGCCAUCAUCAAGUUUGACUAGAAAAACAUCACUGUUUUAGAACAAACAGGGUCUAAUCAAGGCAUUCUAUAUACAGGGUGCUUCAUAAUGACCAUCGCCCAUCAAUCACCAAUCCUAGGUGGAAUAUCUCCAUGUGUAAUAUAUCAUUUGAAAGCUUGACCAAUUCUGGACUUAUUGACAUAUUAACUUUAGAUUAAGCUCAGCAGCUUUAACAACUUGCUGCACACCACUACAAAAGGUGUCCAUUUGAUCUAUAGCAUACAAUUGAACAGCCACAUGUUCUAGGAAAUUGGCUGUGUGUCCUGU